AUUACACAUAAAAUUCUCGCACACACGAGAAUUGCAACUAAAGGAACGUGUUUCUUGUUCAAGAUGAAAAUUACAGUCUUUGUCUUUGCACUGCUCAGUUGGAUACAAUUAUCUCAUGGUCGAUGUGCAAAAGUCUGCUUAUUUCAUGCCUCGAGCACAUCUUUGCUAACUUUCAACUCUCGUCAUAUUGAUUCAAAUAUAAGUUCCCUGUGCUCGCAUGUCAUCGUUGGCUAUGGAUUGGUGGUUGAUCCCUAUGAUCCACGCAUUCAGACUCACGAGAAAGUUGCUGACUUCUUGCCAGGAUUAAAAGCAUUAAGGAAGGCUAAUGGAAACUUUAAAAUUUUGUUGCAAGUUCAAAACUGGAAAUAUAGCAGUGAGCUUCAAUUAACUUAUGAGAAUGCGAUAUCUACUUAUUAUGGACGACGUCAUUUUGUUCCAAAUAUCGUGAAACUUUUGCGGGACAUGGGUUUUGAUGGCAUACAGAUAAGAGAAAGUAACUCUGGACGAAUUGUCAGUAUUAAAAAAGACCAUAUUUUGUUUCUUCAGGAUUUAGCCGCAGCGUUUAGAUCUGAGUCAUCUACAACUGGAAGAGCAAAGUUGCUUUUGUUUGAAUCUCUCCCAGAAUCAACUAAUAUGCAUAUACUUGAUACCUUUUCUGAUGUUAAUGGAAUAUGUCGAGAAGUGGACAUGGUGAUUUUGGAGACACAGUUUUUUUAUCUAAGGAAUGAGACUCAUAGACACCAUAGUAGAUUGUAUGGCGAUACAGCAGAUCAGGAACAUAGUGUUAACUUUGUAACCAAUUAUGCGCUUUCAAAAGGAUGUGCUCAGGAAAAACUGCUUAUUGCUAUAUCUCCAGAAAGCUUGACAUUCGAAAAAAGUGUUGGAUAUUUUUUUAAGACAAAAAAUUUUACUUUAAAGGGAUUAUUACCAUAUAGCUACUUUUGCCAGUCACUUAAAGAAUAUUCUCCCAAAGUACAACGAUCAAAUGAUUUAGCUCCUUAUGUGUAUUAUGAUGUAAAGAAUAAAUACACUAAACGUGUGGAAAAAAGUGUCAUCCAUUACUUCGAAGAUGCUGUCAGUCUUAAGUAUAAGGUAAAUUAUAUUAAGCAAAAAGGUCUUGGCGGAUUUGUACUUUGGGAAUUCAUUCAUGAUGAUUUUUCGGGCAAUUGCUACGAAGGUCGAUACCCAAUCUUAAGUAUACUCAAUCGAGUGUGCAAGUAAGGACUGUUGAUGUGAUUCAAGUUUAUAUUGAGAUGAAACUAGACAGUACGUAUUUAGGAGAGUGAAAGAGAUUCUUAGCUUCAAAUUUUAGUAAUAAUAAAAGAAAAAUUGAAAGAAUAUCGACUGAGUUUUUUUUUCUAUUUUAGACAUAUUAAAAUUUAAUUUGAAAAAAAAAAUCUAAUUUCCAAAACAAAACGAAACAGUCUGAUGGCUUUCUGGUCGUGCGUUAUGCACAAAAAGUUAAUUGUGCCUUUUUUUUAGAAAUUAAACGUUGCUAUAGAAUUUGUAUAUUUACUAUUUAACCUUAUUACAUUAUUGAGAUCAUUAUUCUCAUAUUAUUGUGUAUUGCUUUGUUGAUAAAUUAGAUUGCAGUUAGGUGCCAGAUAGCCAUUUCACUGUGAUUAAAUUGCUUGAUAUUCUGGUUAUUAUUAUAGCUUUUAUAUAGCGCUACUUUCAUGCUUAUAGCAUGCUCAGAGCGCUUUUGAUUCAAUC